CCCCAGGAAGUUAGUAGUAGCUUCUCCAAGAAGUAGAAUCACUCUGCCACUAUAACCAUUGUGGGCUUAAGUUGCCAUUGGUUACACACUUAUAAAAACAAUGGGAUUUAAAAGGGGUGUGAUGUACCGUAUUUCAGCGGAGAUCGACAACGCACUUCCCGCGUUCGUCAAAUCGUCCAGGGAUUGCGAGUACGAUGAGGUGUUUGAGUUGAUCGAUGCUUCCUGGGUAUCUGGUGACUGGGUAGUUCUACUCAGUUAUGGUGAACGCUUAUCCCAUUAUGCCUUAUCUGAGAGGCGCUUGUUGGAAGGUUCCAACCUCGACAACUUGAGUAAAUACUGUCAAAGGUUGUGGCUUCUGGGCACUUACGAUGUAUUUGGGGCUGAUAAGUCUAAGUUAGAAUCAUUGUAUUCUCCUGAAAUUGUUGAUGAUUUGAAUCAUAUCGUAACAUCGCAGAAUAGAAUCACUUUACUGAUCAAGAUUCGGGCUAUAAAUACUUUGACUACCGUGCUUCAAACCUUGCGUCAGAAUGUGCCUACUGUAUGGGAGGUGAAUAGCUUAGAGAGCCAUCAAUAUCUUUGCGAAAGAUUCAGAUUUAUCUCUAUUGAUGUGCUGCUGCAGGUUUUUAAUAACAACCUUGAGGCUCCAUCAGUGGUAACAAGUUACCAACGUAGAAAGGCUUUUAUAGGUUCAAUGGUACGACUUGCAGCUGCUAUACGUCAUAUUUGGCUCUUCAGAGAUGAUUUAGGUGGGCGUUUAGUGGAAGCCGUACUGGGAGAUAUUAGUCAAAUAGAUCUGCGUUCUAAUGACAUUUUCUUUAAAUUUCGUUUGAUUCUUUUAAUGUGUCCAAACUCAACACUAUAUCGUCUAUAUGUCGAAGGCGAGUUGUUUAAAUGGUGGACUUUGGUUAACGAAGACAAGGUCAACUUUUGGAAUUCGAUGAUGAUAUGUUUCGUUGUAAGGGCUCUCAAAUUUGGUUGGGCUACGGGCAACCCUUAUAUAACGGAAGCUAUAACCGAGAGGCUACCAUACCUAUUUCACAUCCUUUAUUCAGCAAUGGGUAUACCAAACAUGGUAACGGUAGUUAAGUAUAAGGAAUCAGUUCCUGGGGAGUUUACAGUUUUAUUAGAGAAGCCGUUGAAUCUUUGCAAGAAGUUUGGCAAAUUUUUAAGUUAUCUCUUGUUUCCUCUUGAUACUCCACAUCUCCAGGACGGUUCAUUUUCCAGUUCAAUAAUGGAAUAUGUUACCGCAUUAGUCAGUGCUGUUUAUCCAUACACCCACCCAUCCAAUGGUGGCAAAUGGUCGUCGAAUAUAGCAAUAUUUGUUAGACAAUUCAUACUGGGCUAUACACGGCGUAUAUGUCGCGAAAGAGCGACACCUCAGGUAGUAUCAUCUGCUACUGGUAUAACGAAAGAUGGGCGUAACUUCCAUUUAACGCGUGCCAAUGACGUGGCUAUUGUAGAGUUAUUCUAUCCUCUUGUUUUGCAGGGCAUGUAUUCCAAGAAUGUACACGUUGCAUAUUCGUAUGAGGAUGCUCUUAAAAGGUUGUGUUAUAUGCUGCCAGACAAAACCUUGGUAAAUACUUUGGACCAUUUGGUACUAUCCAGUGAAAGCGUGACGGAGCCUCAUCAAAUGCUGGGUGCUUUGCGUCUAUUUGCGCAGCUAACACCUCUCAUAUUAACCUUUACUCCUCAGGCGUUAUUACCCCUACUUGACAUAGUCCUAAAAGGCAUAGAUGCUUCGGAUCCAUUCAAAACGGGUCAGACACUAACACUUGUGAACGUCAUAUUUUCGCACUUGCCAUGCCGUGAUCUAACUGACGUCGACAUAUCGGAUGCUGCAAAGACAGAGAUUGUGAAGUCGAUGUACUUGAAAUUAGAUGCUAAAAACUCUGAUGUCGAGACAACACUGAACAACUUGGAAUUAGAAAACAGUUUGGUCGACAUCAGGCCCUUUAUGUUCCAACCAUGUGAAUCCAUGACAGUUCCUGAUGAUGCCGAAAAUAACUUCUCGCGUGAUAUGGUUAUUUUACACACGACAAAUAAUUUGGACGAGGCAAUGGUUGCCUUUGAUGCGUUGCUUAACAUGCGCAAAUAUAUUACACAAAACUUGUCAUGUUGGUGCCAGGAUUGGUUCGCUGCAAUGUUACAGCUAGCAGAAAAUUCCUGCAGGCCGAAUUCAGGCUCCGAUUCAUUGAUGAAUGCAGUUGAUAUGGGAACAUAUAUUUUGACACGUUCGGCACUGGUAACCGUACUUUGCCAAACGGAUUCAUACACUUUACGUACGAUAUGUGAAACGUUCUUCCGUUGGGUAUGCGACAAUGCUUUCCGAAAGGAUGCACUGAAGUACAUGGUUGCAAUAGCAACUAGCCUAAGUUAUGCUAACAGUGCACAUGCUAUGGAGUUGUCAUUUGACAAGUUGUUUGCAAAGUUUAAGAGAGAGGUAGAAAUGUCUGUUGGCGGAGUUAGUGAAACGCAGCUGAUUUGGUAUAUCGGUUGUUUUUCUGGUCUUGUUCGCCGUUCUAAUGUACACUUGAUACCACGAUUGGAGCAGUUAAGGUAUAUCCUUAAAGUAGGCUUUGGGGAUAAAUCGAAAGGUGUUUUCAAGAUGUCUGCCAAGUUCCUUCAACGGUGCAUUGAUACACUUGUUGGUGUAUACUUCGUUGAUUUAAAGUGUGUUAACCAUUCGGAUAACGUAUUAGAUCCAGGGCUUUUACUGUGGGAUCUUCCCUGGUUUGCCAGAAACGCACAAUUCCGCAAAGGGAAGUGCGAUUUAAGGCACAUAAGUGAUGUUAAUUGGCAUAUCCCAUCCGAUGCUGAGUUUUGCUGUGCUAUGGAACUGUCGUGGCACGCAAUGAAUUUAGUUACAUCAUUGACCAAGGAUGUUGUUUGCAUGGAAACACCCUCUAAGCCAGAGAACUACACCGAGUUGAACAUAGAAGUCGACCCAUCGUUUACGACAUAUGUAAAACUAAGUCGUGCUUGCACUAUAUGCAAGAAUCUAUUACGAGGUCUGAAACACUUUGCUGUUGAUGAUCGAGACACCUCUGUCAAAGGAUUGCCCAAAGUGAGUCCUGUAGAUUGGGAAGGAAGCCAGAGUUUACAACAAUUUGUUCUCGAUUUCGUCAUGACACUCGUGAAGAAGUUCGGUAGCAUUGAUGCUACGAACGAUCUCAUGGUCACGAAAAUAUUCUGUAAAUUAUUGAAGGUUAUUGAUGAAUAUUUAUGCCGCGAUGCCGUUCUUCAUGACAGCAAUCCUUUGCUGGAUAAUGGCACGCUGGUUGGUUCAAUGAAACAAGAAUCGCACGUAGGGACCACUAUCACCGCUGGUAGCACGAUGUUGGCCUGGAUGUCAUUCUAUCAUGAUAUUAACAACAAAGGUUUCUGGCAAGAUGCUCCUCGAGUGACAUGGCUUCUUAUGCUACACGAGCGGUAUUAUGAUCGUUUGAAUCUUCGUAAAAUGGGCCAUGAAUGCAUUGGCCAACGCCGUGAAUUGCUGGACUUGGUAUUACAAUGUUCAGUUUGCCAAUAUAAGGAUGUCUCUAAUUAUGCUCAGCAACUGGUUAAACCAUUGACUUCUGUACACUACGGUAUUAAAAGCCAUGCCAUUGAGUAUAUACUGGACCGUGGUAAUGAACUGUACCCUCGAUCCCAAGAUGGUUGCAGUCGGUCUCUGGAAGGUUUAUCGUGUAUACCUGAUAUUCUAUCAGUUGCGCUUGUCAAGCGCAUCAUUAAUCAACCGUACCUCUUUAGCAAGUGCUGCAAAUUCCUGUUGGGUGUAGUUCUCACUGCGCCAAACAAAGAUUCACUGAUGAGCAAAUACGACAAUUUGCUACUAUCCUUGCUGAAUUGCCGGGAGCACUGUCCUCCAACUGCAAUUACUCAGGACACCAUGGCUUCCAUUCUGGAAUCUCUGGUUGAUGAUAAUUUAAAAAACGUCCAGGCAGCGACACAUUGGCGCUUCCAGCUAUAUGCGACAGCACUGUUGGUUUCAUUCCGUCAUCUGAUACCUUCCACAAGCAUUGGUCGUUAUGUUACUUGGUUGUUUGAGGUUAGUGACCAUAAAACGAAACAUCCUUGUGUGGUUACUGUUGCCUUGUUUGGAUUGUAUCAUUGUUUGAGUGAUACCGAAUUCCACCAAUAUAUCCCUGCUGACUUGUGGAAGCCGGAAUACACCGCUGUGAUGCUCAAUUCAUUAUGUGCUAUUAAUCAUGACACAAUUAAGCAAAACAAUUCUUCUACUGUGAAACAAUCAAACUCCAUUGUAACCAGUGUGAUUAAACUGGACCGCACUUGGCCUCGCAACCGUAUAAGUUGCAAUUCCAAGGCCUUUUCAAUGCAGAAUUAUUUGGUUGCGUACCAUUACUUUGUCCAUGUAUUUGAAAAUGGAUAUGUGGACGUCAUCCAAGGUGCAAUUUCAGUUUUGACUGAACUUUCUUCCAGUCCUCCGACUGUUUUUGAAAAUCAUUGUGCUUUUGCGGAGAUAUCAGCUGCUUUAAUGAAAGCGUCGUUGCGCGGUUCCGAUGAUAUGCGUGUUACCUUCUGGAGCUUAUAUCAUCCCAUAUUCAAAACUGAAAUGGAAAACCUUGUUUUAGAUCGCAUUGUUGAUUUCAUGGAUGCCAUUCGUUUGGCAUUAGAUGGAUGUAUAUAUUCAAGUGCCGCAUGUAUUCCUAUAUACAAUUUGGGGAUAAAUUUCAAUGCUGCUUUGAGCCUUGACAAAUUGCAUCCAUGUGAGUUAAACAACACCAGCACAAAUUUGGCUGUUGUGAAACAGCUAAAGUUAUACCAGGCUUUAUUACAACAGGUUACUACCCAGUGCCCUGAUUUAUUUGAAACUCUAUGCAAUGGUAUUUUAACCGAAUAUGCUAUAUUCAACGACUCACUGCAAGUGGUUGAUGAGGUGGGAUAUCUAUGUUCAUUUAUGGUGUCCUUAUGCCUAGCGUACAACGAGCUUUAUUCAUACAAGGAUCGGGUGCACAACUGUGUAGCGCAAUUGGUUGAAAACGUAGCCACUAAAGGAUGUCAAGAUGAUAAAUCUGAGUUAUCAAUUAAAGGGCUUUUAUCUGUUAUUGGCUUGUUGUAUUCAAUGUCGCUACCAGUUCAGGACCUUGGUCAUAAUUAUACGUCUCAAUUUUUAGAAUUUUGUUUAAGGUUUACUGCAAGCUCUAACCCUAGCAUCAGCGAUGUCGCUACCCGUGCUGUUCACAACAUUGCCAUGUCUCCAUACUACUCCCGUGGUAACCUCGAUACUGUGGAGUCUAUAGUUCGCACAUUGGAAAAUACUUGCAAGGCUCAAUCUAACAAAACCAAGGUCAAUUCAAUUCAGGUAGCUAUGAUGCUGCAGCGCAACUUGUGUAUGUAUUUGCGCAACACUGACGUUGUUCUUUUACUUUUGGAAAUGUUCAUCUCUGCUUUAUACGAUCGACAAGUUCGGGAUGAUGCGCGUAGUGCUCUCACUGCCAUAACAAUGUCUGUCAGUGAUGAUGUACACCUCCAGCUGACGGAGCGUUUCUAUGGCUUGGUUAAGAACAGCAACUGUGACAUUGCCAAUGCGGGUGUUUUAGGCCUUGCUGCGCUAGUUGCUACAUCGCCAUAUCACGUUCCUCAGUGGUUACCUCAUACCCUGACUACUUUGGCGAGUUGCGGAGCUUCUCGUUUUCCAGAUACUGUAAGGCGUACUGUGCAAAAAACACUUCAGGACUUUUUCAAGUCACACAUGGACGCUUGGUCUCGGGUUCACGUUCACAAGUUCGCUCGCGAGCAGUUGGACACGCUUGAGUUAUACAAGGGUUGUCCUACAUACUUUAAUUAAUAUG